GUAAACGCCUGCAUAACACUCUCGGGUGGGGCCGAGGCUUUUAUCUUCUAUCCACACCUCACCCAGCGACACUCUGCGCUAAGACGCAUAAGACACCGGUCGGUAGAACCAGACGGACUACAACUCCCGCUGCCUGCAAUUCUCUCCGUCCCGCUCCGCGCUUUCUUAUCCUGAUCAUGUUUCGCUGUGGGAUCGCCUACCCUCGAUGCAGGUGGAUCUUGCCCCUGCUGCUGCUCUUCGCCAUUAUUUUUGACAUUAUCGCCAUCGCCGCGCAGUCGGGAUGGGUCGAAGACGAGGACGCCAAGUCUCACUACGCCAGUAUGUGGGAGAACUGCCGGGGCAGGAAUGACGACUGGCGUUGCAAUUCGCUCAUGGAGUACCCUUGGGCCCAGGCAGUGGCUGCUCUUAUGCUCAUCGGCCUCAUCAUACUCAUCAUCGCCUUCAUCGUCGCUGUUGCGGGAAUGUGUAACGUCAACCCCGGUCUUCUGGUCGCCACAGGAGCACUGUUGCUCCUUGUUGUGAUUGUCCAGGUGAUCGCUCUGAUCAUUUACCCCGUCAAGUUCAAUGAGACCUUGAUCUACGAGGGCGACUACUUCUACACGUGGGCCUACGGCUUCGGCUGGGGCGCCACCAUCGUCUGCCUCGGCUGCACCAUCAUCUUCUGCUGCCUGCCACGUUAUGAGAGCCACCUGCGCGGCGAGGAGAAGAUCAAAUACCUCUACACCUCUUCCUAAACGCAAAACCUGCACACAGUUAGAGCCUUUACGGUCACUCCUCACUCUGAGCUGCGUCUGUACUGGCUGCUGAACUUUCUUUUUUUUAUUUUACACUGUACCAUUUCACCAAAGAUGAAGAUGAGUCUCAGUUCAGUUAAAUUUGGUUCACAAACAGAACCCCCCCUCAUAUUACCUAUCAUAUUACCUAUAUUAAGACCUAUAUUUUUAGUCAGCACCUUCCAAAAUGUGUUUUCACAUUUUGUUUUCACAUGAAACAUAUUACUAUUUAUAUAAACAUUUUAACUGUAAAUGCAAAAUCACCCAAGUGCACUUAACUUACAGGUGGUAGUUUGAUUUGAGCUCCUGAAACGUCUUUACAACAAACGAGUGCUCCAGAAUCAAAAUUUUGCAAAGCACGCAAAGUCGAAUCUUUGUCGUAAUUUGGUUUUGUCCCGUGUGUUACGAUAAGUGUGUGCAAGCGAGAAGGAAAACUUGGACUCAGAAGCUGAAUGUAGUCUGCACAUAAAGAAAUGUACAUGCAGUAUAACGGUCCCUUUUCUUAUCUGCUGUUUGUGUCCAGGAUUUUGUAUUCACUUCCCAGCAAAGGGGUUUAACUGUGGGAGUUCGCUGUGUUGCUGUAUUCGGAAGUGUGGUGAGCACUAUUAAUAAUACACUUCACGGGUAGGGAGCGGUGUGAUGGCUGAUAUGAAACAGAGGAAGAGGUGUGUGUGUGCGUGUUUUGUUUUCAUUCUGAACUGUCGCUCUUUACUGGAAGCAAAUUUGGAUCAUUUUCCUUUCAGCCCGGUAAUUGAUCUGACAUAGUCUUUUUUUUCUUUACAAUACAUUUUUUGCUUUCACCUACUGAAAAUUGUUAUUCUGGACCUUGUAAAUGUAAAAAUCCUUAAUGUACAUUUUUAGUAGGGUUCAAACUCGUGUGAGCUGCCUUGUUUAAUGACGAUGUCAACAUUUUGGUUCAAAGGGAACAAUAUACGAUGAUACUUUAUUGAUCCCCAUUAGGGAAAUUCAAAUAAAGUGUUCUGGGUUUUUUUUCAGAAUAAUACAUAUAUACUUCUUUUAUAUUUAAAAGAUGGGCAUAGCUACCAGAUGUGCAAGUGAAGCCACUGUGGGAGUUAGCUAAAGCUGAUGGUCACCCUUCUCUCAUCCCCAGCUCCUCCUUGUUGUCCAAUUAUGGUCACACACAAAGGUGACAGCUGGAGGCUGUGUCAAUCUUUUAUAGACCUUCCAUGGAUUUUCAUGUGUUUUGCCUCAAAGCAGUUUCAUUUAAAUAAAGUAGUUCAUUUUUUUUUUUUUUAUUUGAGUUAUAUUUUUUCCACAGACGAAUGAUGAGACGUGUAUUUUAUAAUAACCUCCAUAAUAUCUGAUGAUACCACUCUGGCUGACCAUUUUAAUGAGACGCUGAGACUACGGUCUAAAAUCUUCAGACUUAACUGUGUGUAAAACCUGUGCCUUAGCUUCUUCUGUGUUGUGUUGUUCAAUCCUUGAAUGUCCUGUCUGACUUGCCAGUCUGGUUUUAAUGACUUAGGCUGACUCUGUUCAUGUCGCGAGCAAAUUCACGUCCAAACAAGACCAGUUGACACUAAAUGAUUCUGAGUAAAAUACGCUGUGUGGGGGGAGAAAAAAAGAGAUGACGAUUGAUUGUAGGCUUUUCCACUUAUGCUUUUAUUUUGUGACCUCUUUUAGGUUGUUUACAUAGACAAUUACGAGAUAUAAUGCUCCUAUGUUUUUUAAUCUGGUAGAAGUUUUAAUUGAUAAUGAGCAUCAAUCUCUGUUUUUAGCACCAGCUUUCUAAACCAUUGUUAGUCACUGUGUGGGUAUGUACUGUACUAUGGGGUAUCUCUCACCCAACUGUUUUCCUGCUGUAGUAUGAAUUAUGUAUUUUUAUGCAAUAAAGAGUCUCCUUUUUUGAA